AUGUUGCUGUUGACGUUACUGUUUGGUAAGCUGUCUCUCACGAAUCUGUUGGUGUUCGGUGUUACAAUAACAGCUCUAGCCUUUAGUAGCCUCUUCUUACUCUCAACUCUUACAUCAUGGCCGAAACGAAAACGAAAAGACUUCCUCACUCCUGUGAAAUCGUAUGACAGUAGCGGUGAAGGCGACGCGCUGACGAACCUUCUUCGUGAUGAUCCCAAUGUGAGACCGUUGUUUACUGAUUCCACAGUGUACUUGUCGGUCGUUAUACCGGCUAUGAAUGAAGAGGUGCGAAGAAGUGCUUUGAAUUUUUGA